CGGAAACUGGACUGGUUAGCGCAAAGCACAUGUCGCUGUCGCAAUCGGACUUCCGAAGGCUCUUGGAGACGCCACGGGUUGCGCCACAAGGAGGCGGUGGUGGAAUCCUCAGGAGAGAUGCGGCACAAUCCAAGUUUGGUGGGAAGCGAGCGGCGGAGUCGUCAGGGAAGGGCCUGAAGGACCGUGAAAAGUACAAAAAGUUCAAGAAACCCGCGGCUGGGGACGGCGACGAGGACGACCCUCUGAAGAAACCCCGGUCGAAAAUGAUCGAUCCCACAUACCAGGGAAAGUACAGAGAUCGUGCGGCCGAGCGCCGGGCAGGUGUGAACCAAGACUACGAAGGUCUGGAAGACAUCAACACGGAUGAGAUGGACAUCGAGACGAGCAAGUUCUUGGGCGGGGACAUGAAACACACGCAUUUGGUCAAGGGGUUGGACUUGGCGCUGUUGGCGCAACUCAAGCGCGAAAAGGAAAUGCUCCAGGAACAGCAUGCUUCCCUUGUUCGGAAGGAUCCUUCGUCGACAAGCAGCCACGGACCUACUUCGACGUCGAAGUCCACGCCGCCGUUGACUGCUUUGGGCGCAUUCUUGGUCAAGUUUAUGACGAAAUUGACUGUGGAUCCUUCCGUGAAGCACAUGUCGGAUCUGUUCCUCCCCGGUCGGCUGCAUUACGAGUUCAACAUCCAUCACGUCGACGUGGACACGCUUCCGCGGUUCGUCCAAGUGAGUCCGGACGACUGUCCCGUCGUGGAUGCCGCCGGCGUCCGCGGGUUCCUAUCGCCGCAGCUGCUGGAAGACAUCCAGGAGUGCUUCCAGCAACCCAAGCACCCCCAGCGGCGGCAGCGGCAGGUCCUUCCCCCGCCGCCAACUCCGCCUCUUGUGGGCAUCAAGGACGCCCAUAAAGGACUCGCCACGAUUGCCGAAGAUGGCGACGACGAGAGUGAAGAUGAAGAUAUUUUCGCAGACGUCGGGGAGUACGUUCCACCAGGUGAAGAAGACACGGUGGAGGUGGUGUCGGUGCCGAAGGGGUCGAUAUUCCAAAACUUGAGCGCGGCCCAAGUCGCGCGGGAUGUCCGAGAGAAGCAGCAUGAGGCGCUGGAAGCUUCGCGGCUGGCUGCGACCCUGGCCAAAGCCAAAGCCAUGUACGACAAGGGCCAAGAGAUGGCCAAGGCCGACCGAUUGCGGGAAAAGGUGGCGGCCCCCGACGACUACGACGAGUGUUUUCCAGAUUACGAGGAAGACGAACAAGAUGGGGAGAAGGAUGAGAAGACGAGUAGCAGCACCGAACGAUUCAAACGUGGAAAGAGUAAGCAACACAUGGACAAGGGACAAGACCCAGUUCAACAGCCCACCAACCGCCGCGACCGACGUCAACUCCGGGCCAAGGAAUAGUAACAUAGUAACACGAGGGUUUGAAUGUGACCACUUACAUGGUCGUGG